AUGGAUUUUGUUAUUGGUCUCCCUUUUACACAGAAGAAGCAUGAUGCUGUAUGGUCAGAAAGAGUGAUCCAAAUACUUGAAGAUAUGCUUAGAAGUUGCAUUAUUGAUUUUGAAGGAAGUUGGGAUAGAUUAAUAGGACUGGACUUGGUGGGAGAAACUGAGGAGAAAGUAAAGAUCAUUAAGGAUAGUUUAAAAACCACUUCAAAUAGACAAAAGUCCUCUAUAGAUUUAAAGAGGAAAGAUAUUAAGUACGAGGUUGGCGAUAAAGUCUUUUUGAAGGUGUCACCAUGGAAGAAAGUUCUUAGAUUUGAGAAGAAGGAUAAGUUAAACCCUAGGUUUAUCGGUGGAUAUGAGAUUCUUGAGGGUGUGGGUCUGAUAGCCUACAGGCUAGCUUUACAACCUGAGUUGGAUAAGAUUCAUAUUGUAUUCCAUAUUUUAAUGUUAAGGAAAUACAGAUCAGAUUCCUCACAUGUCUUAUCAGCAGAGACCAUUGACAUACAACCUGAUUUAAUGUAUGAGAAGGAACCAGUAAAGAUUUUAGCACGAGAAAUCAAGGAACUGAGGAAUAAGAAAAUUCCACUGGUGAAAGUGCUUUGGAGGAACCAUAAAAAGGAGGAAGCAACGUGGGAUAGCGAAGAGAUCAUGAGAUAA